AUGGCGGCAGCCGAACGAGCCGUCACCGAGGAGGUGAGGCUGACGCACUUCCAGGCCCCACCCCUUUUCCCAGACGUAACUUCCGCUCCACCCCCGCGGGAGGACCGACUCCAGACGCCGUUGCCAUGGCAGCAGUCGGGGCGCCGGGUUAGGGUUUCCAGGAGCUGCAGGCGCACCAGGGGCAGUUCCAUGAGCUGUGCAGACGACACUGGGGCUGAGUCUGCGACACCAGAGACUGGAGCCGUGAGGAUGGCUCACCUGCUGGGCAGCCAGGCCUGCAUGGACAGCCUGCGCAAGGACCUCACUGACCUGCAGGGGGCCAUUGUAGAUGUCUUUUCCCGCGCUGGACCCGUGCGCUUUCCCUCCUGGAAGUUUCCUGACCGUGUGGCCUGUGACCUGGACAUGGUGGCCCUGCUAGAGCACUAUGACCAUGUGCCGGGUGACCCUGAGUUCACACAGCUGUCUCACGCUGUGCUGUUGGAGCUCGUCAUUGACAGGCUCUUGCUGCUGCUUCAGAGCUGUGCGAACUACCUGGAGAACCUCACUUUGGAGCAGACAGUGCCCCCUGCCCGGGAUGUGGGGCCCUGCAUGUCUGUGGGACUCACGGUGCAGCGCUUCUGGAACAGUCUGCUGAAGCUGGGCAUGCUCUACCAGCAGAUGCCCCCCCAGAAAAAGGCAACCCAAAGGGAGAUUCCCACCUCCAAGCCCACAGCCAAGGGCGAGCCAGCCAGGAGCCCUGAGAUUGUGACUGCCAAGUUCAUCAAGCCUCCCUCUCCAAUUCCAGGCUUGCCCCCGACCUGCCAAGAACCGGGCAGCCUCUCCGUCAGAGUCUCCCUGCAGUCUCCAGUCAGGGCCACUGAGAGCACCAAGAGUGUCCAGUCCCAGACUGUGGAGACUGCCCUGGUGCCCUGUGAUGCGUGCGUCCGUGUCCAGGGCAGCCUGUGGGAGGUGGGCAAGGUGGUCAUCAGCCUGUGUCGGAGCCAAAACUUGUCCUCAUCCCUAGGACAGAUCCAGCAGCUGGUGCAGGACACCAUGGGGAUCAGGCCGCUGCCCGCUGCCACUGUGGGCCACUGGGCGGCAGAACAGAGCAAAGACCUGACCCGCCUCAGUAAGCACAUGGGGGCCCUCACUCAGCUGGUCGGCGCCCUCCGGGCCCAGCUGGAAGAGGCUGAGGGGCAGAAGGAUGGACUGAGGAAGCAGGUGGGUGAGCUGGAGCAGGCACUGCGGCAGGAGCAGGGGGAGCGGCGGCGGCAGGCAGAUGAAGCCCAGCAGCGCCUGGCCAAGUGGGAGCGUGACAAGCAGCAACUGCUCACAGAAACGAGUGACCUCAAGAGGAAGGUGGCCGCCCUGGAGGGGGAGCUGAAGCAGCACCAGGAGUCCAUGCAAGCCAUGGAGACAAAGACCCAGCAGCUGCAGGAGGAGGCCAAGCGUAAGGUGGAGGCUGAGAGGCAGGUUCAGCAGCUGGAGGAACAGGUGCAGCUGCUGGCAGGGCGGCUGGAUGGGGCCAGCCAGCAGAUCCGCUGGGCCAGCACAGAGCUGGACAAAGAAAAGGCCCGCGUUGACAGCAUGGUCCGCCACCAGGAGUCCCUGCAGGCCAAACAGCAAGCCCUGCUGCAGCAGCUGGACAGCCUGGACCAGGAACGUGAGGAGCUUCGGGGCAGUCUGGACGAGGCUGAGGCCCAGCGGGCCCACAUUGAGGAGCAGCUGCAGAGCGUGCAGAGCGAGAAGGAGCAGGGGCAGUGCCAGCUCCAGGCCCAGCAGGAGCUGCUGCAGAGCCUGCAGGGGGAGAAGCAAGGCCUGGAGCAGGUGGUGACAGAUCUGCAACUGACUGUCUCGGAGCUGGAACGGGAGCUUGUGGAACUGAGGGAGCAGGAGCGGCUGCUGGUGGCCUUCCCAGACCUGCACAGGCCUGUCGAGGCCCAGAUCCAAAGCUCCGGCAACGUCACGGAUGACAUGGAGAGACAGGUGCAGGCCAACAACAUCCGCAUCCGGGUCCUGCAGGAGGAGAACGGGCGGCUCCAGUUGAUGCUGUCCAAAAUUCGGGAAGUAGCCCAGCAGGGGGGCCUCAAGCUGAUCCCGCAGGACCAGCUCUGUGCCGGUCCCAGCUUGGGAAUCCAGGGGGCAGCACCUCCAGUCCAGGCCCGGAGAGUUUCCCCAGGGCCGCUGGGCAGGCAGCACCCACCUGCCAGCAGGUCUGCCAGUGCAGGCGGCACCCUGCCAAGACAGCCCCGGGCAUCUCCACCUCAGCAGCCCUCUGGCCGGCCCAGCAGAUCCUCUGUGGAGGAUGUGAUCCACUCAACCACCUGUGCCCAGAACCCCAUCCGGGUCUUGGCCAGGCUGAGGAGGAGACUGUCACCAACCCGAGGUCAGGCUGGCCCUGCACACCAGCCCCAAGAGCGGCCCAUGUAG